GUGUAAUCUAGUAAAACCUAAAAAGGUAGAAACUACAGCAGAGAGAAACUCCUGCUUCACUGUUGGUCUGCAUGAAGCUGAUGGCGACUGAAAUGACGAGCCGCCGCCGCCGUGCAGGAUGAGGAAAUGAAGUGGAGCAAGAGCGUGACUUCACCUCACCCCCUUCAUUGCCUUGCAAAUCUGCCUGUGUCGAAAACACACAGCCCUUUGCCCGGACAUAUCAGCAGAGCGCCGGCCUGGAUCCUCUCCAAACAGCUGAUGGCUGACGCGAACCCUCAGCCGGCCGCCGCGGCCUCCUCCGGCACGUUCGACCAGGUCCAGAGUCAGGUCAAUGAAGUUAAAGUUAUACUGAAGGACAACAUCAACAAGGUGCUGGAGAGGGGCGACAAAAUAGACGACCUCAUCGGGAAGACGGACGACCUCCAAGCAUCUGCCGACUCCUUCCAGAGAACGUCGACGCGGGUCGCCCGGAAGUACUGGUGGAAGAACGUUAAAAUGAUGAUCAUAAUCGGCGUGAUUGUGCUGAUCAUCCUGAUUCUCAUAAUCCUUGCUGCCACCCGAGUCAUUUAACCUUUGACCUCACCUCACCCCCCAAAGCGGAGGCAGUCGCCACCAGACAACUAAUUUGCACACAUAAAACGUGUUGUUUCAUAUCUCAGAGAUGUGUAUGUAAAUUUAAAUUUAAACAGCGAAUGGCAAUCCAUUAAGGUCUCUAUGACAAUGUGAAGUUGUGGGAGAAAAAAAAGAAAGAUUGAAUAUAAUAAUAAUUAAGUUUGCUGGCAUGAAACCGUGACACUCCAGAUGAACGCAAAACCAAUUUGAUCCAUGUUCUUCAACAAACACAGACGAGAGCUUUUGUUUGGUUGUUGUUGGGGUUUUUUUUUAUUAUUAUUUUGAUCAUUUUAAUGUCCGAUACAUCACAUGUAUAUAAUGUACGUUUAUGGAUGUCAAACUCUGUAAGAAUAUUUGUAUUAUAUGACUGAUGAACACCAUAAAGUAGGUAAAACUGUGAUCUCGUCUCUCUGCUGCCGUCUCUACAAGCGUCGGUCGGGACGACGUGAAGCAGCGAGAACUUCACACAAACCAAGGAAAAACGAGGACGUGAGGAGACCCCGAAACGAUCUAAACGGAUGCAAAAAGAAACAAACAAAACAAAAAAAAAAAGGACACUGAAAGACUUGGGUAAAUACAGGAGAAAUGUACGGUGGGUUCAAAGCAGUCUUCGUUUUGCUUUCAUAAACUAGCCAUGUCUCCAGCUGGAUCGUCUCUGUGGCCGACGCUUUCGCCGCCGAAGCCUGCGGGAAACAAACAGGAACAAGUCAGCCGUGGAUGAGCGACAAGUCUUCAGCUACUAAAGAAAGACAGGAUUCCCCUGUUUUUAAACAGCCUACGUGAUAAAAGCAAUUAUUUUUAACAGUUUUACAGCUUUAAAAUGUGUGUGAAUUAAAGUUGGGAUCCUGACGAAGAAGUCAAAAUACUAAAUGGGGAAAAAAAUUAAAAAUAAAUACGUUCAGAUUGGUCAAAAGAUACACAUUAUGGUGAGCAUUACAUGCAAAUUUCUGGAAUUGUGGUGACAUUUUGAUUGAGUUUGUGUGUGUGUGUGUGUGUGUGUGUGUUUUAAUCAAUGGAUAUAAGAAGAAAAUGUGUUACAGGGAAAAUUAACAAAAAGAGGAGUCUUUUUCCAUCGCUGUCAGUAAAACAAAAACAAGAACAAUACAUUUACACAAAUUAAAAGCACUUUAUCCCCCAACACAGUAGAGUCCAAACCAGGCUUAAGCUCAUGGACUACUUUAGCUAAAUAAAGAAACAAGCAUUUUUUUU